UCUGGGCUAUUCGAAAUGACACAGUGCGCAUGCCCAUUUCACCCGGAAGGCGUGACGCAAUCGCGCACGGAAUUGUUACCUUGGUUUCCUGGAAACGUGAAAAGAAUGGCGGCUAUGGUAUCGCAGGUGGCAGUGGUGGCAUCGACUCCUACCAAACUUCGGAACAAGAAAAGGCCGACAAGCCCGGGGAACAGUGGGGGUGUGGCUGCGAAGAAGAGGAGAGUAGGACAGAAUGUUAUGUUGGAUACUAUCGGUGAGCAUCAAAGUUUGGCUACAGAUUCCAGUCCAGGGCAUGGAGAGUCUGCAGUAAAACCUUUGAUAUUUAAGGAUCCAAAUUUUAUUCAUUCUAGCAUGGGUGGUGCAGGGGCUGGGAAGAAGAGUCGCAUUUGGAAAAACCUGAAACAAAUUCUUGCUACUGAGCGGAUGUUACCAUGGAAACUGAAUGAUCCUAACUAUUCCAGCAUUGAUGCUCUUCCUUCCUUUAAACCAGCCAAAAAAUACUCAGAUAUUUCAGGACUUCCUGCCAGUUAUACAGACCCACAGAGUAAGCUACGAUUUAGCAGCACAGAGGAGUUUUCCUACAUUCGUAUGCUUCCGUCAGACAUUGUGACUGGCUAUUUGGCUUUAAGGAAAGCAACAAGCAUAGUACCGUGAAAUAGGACACAAUUGUCUUUCUGAAGUAUGUGAAAACAAAUUUUCUGUUGUACAAAGCAACACAUGGUGACUUAUGACAUUUGGAAGUUCCUGUGCAUCUCAACAAAAAAUUCCAGCAGCUGAAGUUUUGGCAACAGAGGUUUUAAGAAAAAUUGUAAACGGGAAAUGUAAAAUACCAUAAAACUACAAAAAAAUCCCCUGAUGAAACAUCAGGAUGUACAGAAAGUGAUACAUGUACAGCUAAUAUAUUGUAAAACUGCUCUUGUAUUUUUUUCCAAAGGAUGCUGGUUAUUUAAAAAAAAGUUUAAUGGACUUAGGGCAAUCCAAACAAGGAAAAAAAUUGAAGAGAAGAUGAAAUUAUCAAAAUAUUGGGAUAUAAAAUAAAUAUUAAUUUUGGAAAAUGAUUUUUUUCCUUGGUAUUGGUCAGCUUUUAAUUACUAACUAAUUCAUGGACUUAACCAGGCACUGAAGAAAAAUAAGUUUAGUGAUUCAACUUGACUAAAUGUAUAGUAUAAUACUUAAUGAAAUUAUAGAUGUUGCUGACACAAAGUACAUUUUUCUAUUAACUGUAAUUAGUGAGCAAAACAUUGCCGAAUUGAGUCAAAUGCAUAUAUUUUUGUCAACUAGUUUAUUUCUUGGAAUUUUUGCACGUAGAAUUGAGUGACAGUCAUUAGCACAAAAUAUGGAUAUGGCAUUUAAGAAUUGUAAUAAUUUGAGUAGCAUCAGUUUUUAUUCAAUAUUAUUUUAUUUCUGAAGACUGUCAAGACAAAUUUAAUAAAUUUGAAAAUUAA